AAGACAGCUUAAGAUCUCAGUAGGAGAUCUAAAUAGCUCAGCCCCAGGAAAGAUUUCAGCGGGCUGCCUAUAGGGAGGUGCUGUUGUUAAGUGCCACACUGUGCACAGUGACCACACACUGUGGUAGGGGUUGGAGAAGGAGUUGGAGAGUGCAGACUGUCAGUCCGUUUGGUGUGUGCUGUGGCCAGGAUUCCCUACGUAGAUGUACCAGAGUGAGACUUUACCUGCAACCCAGUGACUUGUUCAAGUUCUCUCUGAUGGCCUGAAGGCGAAUAUUUUUAAAUGAGAUUCCAUUGGUAGAGACUUAUCUCUCCACCAGCCCUGGGACCCACAGAUUCAUCUGCCUACACAGUAAAUCCCGCUGACUCAGAGCAACCAGGAACUCAGAAACAAAUUUCAGUGACUUCAGUCAUGUGUUCUCCAAAUAUUCCCUGAAGGCAGCCAGGUGGGAAGAAAUCAGACCACGGACGGACGGUGGGUGUCCUAGGUGUAAAUCAGAGCUCUGCUCUUACCAGCUCUGUGAAUUCCCACCCAUUUGCUAUUAUUAAGUGCAAAGUCUACGAAAUGGGAAGAACCACUAGAGGGGAUAUGGAAAGGCACUAGAGGAACUGGGCUCAGUGUUUGGCAGCUACAAUGAAAUAGUAUGGUUCUUUUCCUCAGUUCAUAAAUAAAUGUCGCUGCUGGGGUCCUUGCUUCACCUUUGCAAGGCUGAGCUGCGCUUUGAUCGCAGCUACUGAAUAGGAAAGGAAGGGCUUCCAAGGAGGAGGGCAAGUGGCAACUGCAAACCCUGUGAGGUGAGCAACUUCCCUCCACGAACUGGCUCUCCCUGAGGGGUGUGGCUGGGAGGAGUAUGAAUAAGGUGUGUGAGUUGUAAAAGCCAGGCUUGGGCUCCUGUAUAAAUAGUGCAGCCUGCACCCAGCAGCGUGAGGACUGGAAGCCUGCACUUCCCUGCGCACCUGGAUCUGUAUACUCAUAGAAAGGUGUCCACCCAGCUGUCGCCAUGAGAAUCCACAGCCUCAUCCUGCUCUCUUUCCUUCUCCUGGCUGCUCAGGUACUCUCGGAAAAGGUCAGAAAGACAGCCAAGAAUGUACCAGACAGCACAACGGAGGAGGAUAUGUCUCCCUCUUUGGGGAAGGCACGGAAUAAGCAGAGGAGCAGGACAUCCAAAUCUAUGACCCAUGGCAAGUUUGUCACCAAAGACCAAGCCACAUGCAGAUGGGCUGUGACUGAGGAGGAGCUGGGCAUCAACCUGAAGGUCCAGUGCACACGAGCCGAUCAGGAGUUUUCUUGUGUUUUCGCUGGUGAUCCAACCGGCUGCCUUAAAUACGACAAAGACCAGACCUACUGGAAACAAGUCGCCCGCACACUGCGCAAACAGAAGAAUAUCUGUGAGAACUCCAAGAGUGUCUUGAAGACCAGAGUGUGCAGAAAGAAAUUUCCAGAGUCUAACCUCAAGGUGGUAAACCCCAGGAAGGAGAAAGCAGAGGUCUCCCCAAGGGAGCACAACAAGGUCCAAGAAGCUGUCUCCAUGGAGCCAAACAAGGUCAAAGUGGACAUCACCACCAGCCCAGCUGCGACCGUGGCUGUCAAAGAUUCAGAGUGUCUAGAGGACCCAGAUGUCCUCACCCAGAGGAAGACCGCCCUGGAGUUCUGUGGGGAAUCUUGGAGCUCCUUCUGCACAUUCUUCCUCAACAUGUUACAGGCCACAUCAUGCUAACGAAGUCAGAGAGAGAGCAGCCUAAGACAUGUGGUAUCAGAGCCCCACUGUUUGCUGGAAACUCCCCGGGUUCCCACUAAGACACAAACAUUUCCAAUACGGGAACAAAGUGAAGUAUUUAAACAGAUUUUGUAAAUUUUGUUUUUUGUGUCUUAGAAUUUGCUUUAUUUUGUUUUUUUACAUUCUUAGAUGUGCUUUUCAGAGACUGUUUACCUCAGCGUAAUCUUCCAUGGACUACAAACCUAGGUUCAUAUAAGCAGUGGAUAUAUACAUCCAAGUGAUAAUGUCCAUGCAAGGAAUUGUUGGCUGUAUUUACCAAGAUAAUAAAGUUCUGGGCAUUCUCAGAAAUGCCACCAA